GAGUUGCCCGGGCUGCGGAAGGAUGGCGCUGGCUGAGUGCAGCUUUUCAGAGGACCAGUUCCGGGAGGCCAUCGCGGAGCUCCAAGAGCCCUCCCUGGCCGGGGCCGACUGGCAGCUGCUGGUGGACGCCUCGGGCAUCACCAUCUACCGGCUGUUGGACCAGCCCACUGGUCUUUAUAAGUAUAAGGUCUUUGGUGUUCUGGAAGACUGCUGCCCAGCUCUCCUUGCAGAUGUCUAUAUGGACUUAGACUACAGGAAAGAGUGGGAUCAGUAUGUUAAAGAGCUCUAUGAAAAGGAAUGCGAUGGAAAGACAGUGGUGUACUGGGAAGUCAAGUACCCCUUCCCCAUGUCCAACAGAGAUUAUGUCUUCGUCCGGCAGCAGCGAGAAAUGGAGGUGGAAGGACGGAAGAUCCAUGUGGUCCUGGCUCAGAGUACCUCCGUGCCUCAGUUUCCUGAGAAGUCGGGUGUGAUCCGAGUGAAGCAGUACAAGCAGAGCCUGGCCAUUGAGAGCGAUGGCAAGAAAGGGAGCAAAGUUUUCAUGUAUUACUUCGAUAACCCGGGUGGCCACAUUCCGUCCUGGCUCAUUAACUGGGCGGCCAAGAAUGGAGUUCCAAAUUUCUUAAACGACACAGCAAAAGCUUGUCAGAACUACCUCAAGAAAUCAUAAGACUGACUCGUCGGAACUCUUGCAUCUUUGGAAGUGUCACCAUCCACUGAUGCUCAGCCUUCCUCACAUUUCUGUCGUCAGAGAAGUGCACUUCCUUUAGCACAUAUCCCAAAGCACAUCUGCCUGAUGUCUGGCUCACUGGCUUCCUUCCUCCUUUUACUGCCCUGGCUGGUGGGGUUGCUUUCUUCCACCAUUGAAUGAGGGACAGGAAAACCUCUGCUUGCCUAUUUUACAUAGGAUUACUCAAUAGGUUACAGAAGCACCCAUGGUAGGUGGAGGAAGGAAAACAAAAUGUAAAGGCAGCCAUUCUCAGCCAGGUUGGAACUUUCCAGAAUGUGCUUUCUUGUAACUCAGGAGGGAUUGCUGACAGCUGUCCCUCUAUUCAGAGCUGACCUUGUGUGUGUGUGUGUGUGUGUGUGUGUGUGUGUGUGUGUGUGUGUUGUGAACACUGGAGACAUUGGCUGAUGUCCAUUUGCCUUUUGCUUUGCUGACUUAAAUUGGCUGGGGUUUAAGGUAGGAAUCCAGAAAGUCUUGACCUGGUCCUAUUUGAAGGAUUAGUAGCUGCUAUGACAUGGGACCAUUGUGUGAAGCACUUUAGGCCUGACUGAGCAUGUGAUAUGAUAACCACCCCAUCCCACCCCACCUCUGUCCAUAUCUAGAGUUUUCUUUUUUCCGUAUACCAGUAGGGAAAGGCUGCCUGUACCUCUUGGCUCUGUUUUAUGGAGGUAUCAAAAACAGAGUUGCUUUGUGCACAGUACUGUGAUACAGCGUCUUUCUCUGCAGCUCUAUGACAGUCCCUUCUUACUCAUGUCAGUGCUAUGCUGCACACAAAGCAUCUUUGCUCUUGAUGCCUCAGUUUCCCUUCUGGAACAUCUGGAGAUGUUGAAGAGACAAUAAUAAUUCACAAGCAGCUAGAAUGGAAUUAGUAGCUUGGUUGACUUUACUUUUUAUUUGCUCAAGAAUUCUACCUCUUCAACCACCAAAAUGACCUUCAGAGUACUGUAUUUCCUUCUGAAUUUUUGCUAGGGAAAGAUACUGCUGCUGUGGCUGAAGGCAGAGUCUUGGUGACCUCAGGGAACAUUUGUAAUCAGUCUGCGUACUGACACCAAAUUUGAUGAAUGGACAGGGACAUACAGGAUAUAAAGCCAUUGGUGUCCCUCAGACCAUAUGUUUUCUCUCUAGGAAGAAAGAUGUACCAAAAUGAAUAAACACAGAGUGAUUUAAA